AUGGUCACCCCUACCGCCGCCCGCUUCAUGCAGGCUACACGAGCACAACUCUUCCGGCCGGCAGCUCGACAGCAAUGGGGCUUUGUCCACCGCGAAAACCGUGUCCCAUACUACCAGCGCCUUUUCCAGAACCAUGACGGCAAGAGACAGUGGCAUAAGACAUCACGAUCGCCAUUCCUCGUCUACCCAUUCUACGUUCUAAACUACGGUCUUAUGUUUUGGGUCUUGUGGGGUGCCGGCCGAGCAGCUCUGGGCUACAAGUCGCCGUGGGGCAAAUGA